AUUGGGCUUUGUUGUGCGUUUGCUUUAGGGCUUUGGUUUUUUCUAAGCCGUGCUUCGCAUCGAACACCGUAAUUUCUAUGAUUUGAUGGCGAGACCAGAACUUGAUCAAAAAUUGGGAACAAAUUCACACAAUUAGAUUGUUUAGCAGACCAUUGAAGAUGCUCUAAAAGCUCUCUCAUAUAUGGAUUUACUCUGCAACGCCUACUCAACUGCUUCAGACGAUGACGACGAGCCCCAACAUCUGGCUCCAUCGAAGCGACCCAGACCCGAGCCUCCUCGUUCCCACACUAAACCCUUGUCCGUAACGGAGCCUCCGAUUCCUGGCAGAUACAUUUCGAAGAGAGAGCGUGCAGCCUUGGCUUCAGCUUCAGCUUCGGUUUCUAGGGCUUCUGACCCAAGCCCGCCUUCUUCAGUGGCCACAAUGCCUGUUGUCGGGAGCAUUUUGGAUUCAGAUCUAUCGCAUGAUAUUUUGUCCUCGUUGAGGCAUCAAACAAAGGGCCGUGCAGGGGUAGGCAAAUUGUCUGAAAGGCUGUCUGUAGCUCUUAAUGGUCAUUCAAAGGCUGUCAACGUUGUACAGUGGUCAACAAGUCAUGCCCAUCUUCUUGCAUCUGCUGGGAUGGAUCAUACCAUCUGCAUUUGGAAUGUGUGGAGCAGAGAUCAAAAGAAAGCACAUGUAUUGAACUAUCACAAUGCGGCAGUUAAAGAUGUGAAGUGGUCACCGCAGGGACUGUUUGUGCUUUCUUGUGGAUACGACUGCUCAUCGAGGCUAAUUGAUGUUGAAAGCGGUUUAGAGACUCAGGUUUUCAAGGAGGACCAAGUUGUUGGAGUCAUAAAAUUUCAUCCAAACAACUCCAACCUCUUCCUUUCUGGAGGGUCGAAGGGCUUCCUUAGAUUAUGGGAUAUUAGAGUCGGGAAAGUAGUACAUGAGUAUAUUCGAGGUCUAGGUCCAGUUCUUGACAUUGAAUUCACCAUUGAUGCCAAGCAGUUCAUUUCUUCAAGCGAUAUAUCCAAAGGCAACAUAAGUGAGAAUUCAAUAAUUGUUUGGGAUAUCUCACGACAAGUUCCCCUGUCUAAUCAGGUUUAUGUGGAAGCGUAUACAUGUCCCUGUAUUAGGUGCCACCCAUUUGAUUCUUAUUUUGUUGCACAGUCAAAUGGGAAUUAUAUUGCUAUAUUCUCAUCCAAACCCCCUUUCAAGCUUGACAAAUACAAGAGGUAUGAAGGCCACGGGGUUUCCGGCUUCCCUAUCAAGUGUAAUUUCAGCUCGGAUGGAGAGAUGCUCGUGUCAGGCUCCUCUGAUGGAUGUAUUUACUUCUACAAUUCUAGAUCCACCGAGCUCAUAAAAAAAAUCAAGGCAUACGAGCAGGCAUGCAUUGAUGUUGCUUUCCAUCCCACCAUGCCUAACGUUGUUGCUUCAUGCAGUUGGAGUGGAGAUGUUUCGGUGUUUGAAUGAGAUGAUGCUCGUUUGUUUUCAUAUCUAGGGUUUCUACUUAUCCGAAUACAUGAUCACUAUCCUGAUGAUUCUGGACUCAUCGAUGCCUUUUAACAUGCCGGUGAUCAUGGUGGGGUUUUAUGUUCUUGCUCAUGAUUGGAUAUCCUUUUUUCUAAACUAUAUCUGAAAGAAAUAAAGUUAAUGGAGUCAUUGUCUCUCUGGAAACACCCUCAAAUUGCAGGGGUCCUCAUCGAACAAGAAACGAAUUUGCAAUUUGCCUCAUUAAAUGCUUUGGUGGAAAUAUCUAUCAAUUUCUUGAAGGUGUCCAACUAGUUGUAUGAUCAUGGGAGGACCCAUUGUGUUUGGUUUUUUUUUCUCUUUUGAGCAUACAUGUUCUUUUAAUGCUGAGAAUGAAACAUGAAAGGGGGAAAGUGGACUUAAUCCGCUUUUAGUUAUACGAUUGUGUCUUGAAAUUUUUAUAUUUCGAGAUUUUAUGACA